GGGGGGACGAGCCGAGCCGGAGAAGAGAGAUCAUGGCGGCACCUCUCGGACGGGACACCCUACCUGACCACUGGUCGUAUGGAGUUUGUAGAGACGGCCGGGUCUUCUUUAUAAAUGAUAAAACUCACAGCACUACUUGGCUACAUCCACGCACUGGUGAACCUGUUAACUCGGGACACAUGAUACGGUCAGAUUUGCCAAGAGGAUGGGAAGAGGGUUUCACGGACGAAGGAGCCAGCUACUUCAUCAACCACAACCUGAGGGCUACAUCUUUUCGGCACCCUGUGACCGGACAGAUAUCCCCUGAAAACACAGAAUACACACUUCAAGACAGGAUAGAAGCCCGUAUGUCCAAGUCAGCGGCCGAUCAGAGAUCCCCGAGCAUGGUCACAGAGUCCUCCAAGGCUUUGACCUCAGCAGCAGUGGAUGCCACCUCAGUGUCAAAGGGCACCAGAGGUACAGGAAAAGUGCACAGCUUUGGCAAGAGGGAUCAUGCUAUUAAAAGAAACCUCAACAUCCCAGUGGUGGUGAGAGGCUGGCUCUAUAAACAGGACAGCUCUGGAAUGCGACUGUGGAAAAGGAAGUGGUUUGUUCUGUCAGACUACUGCUUGUUUUACUACAAAGACAGCCGAGAGGAGACAGUGCUCGGUAGCAUCCCUCUGCCCAGUUAUGUCAUUGCACCAGUUGAGCCUGAUGACCACAUAAACCGCAAAUACGCUUUCAAGGCGAGCCAUACAGGAAUGCGCUCCUACAUUUACAAUAAGAACUCUGUGAUUGGCUCACAGGCAGAACACUGCGGGAUGCGGACUUAUUUCUUCAGUGCCGACACACAGGAGGACAUGAAUGGCUGGAUCCGAGCCAUGAACCAGGCUGCGCUGAUGCAGCAGAGUCACACUAUAAAGAGAGAGGUGGGGAAUCCAAAGAAGGUUGUGCAGCAGGCUGUCCCACAGACCAACCAUGUCCCCAUCAACCAGAACUCAUCUCAGUCAGAAAGUCUUCGCAGGACAGAACCGGAGAACGGUAUCCAACUGGCUCAUGGAGACGAGGUGAGGUAUGGAAUAGAGAUCCAAAGGAGGCCCAGCCAGUCAGUCGCAGAGGAAAGAGUAGAGAGACUCUCUCCAGACUCUGCCGAUGGUGCCGCUCACAAGAACGGACAGCAAACUGUAAUACAAGUGACUCUGCCACCAGAACAGAAUGGAAAUGUUGUGUAUCAGAGGGGCUUUGUUUCGUGCGGAAACACUGAAAAAAAUGUGCAGAGGAAGAAUACGCUGGCUCAAGUGGAGCAGUGGGUCAAAGUUCACAAAGGGGAUCCACCAAAGAGUGCUCCCUCUGCUGAGUGCAACCUCCCUCGGCGGACUCCUCCAUUAAAGCCUAAAGCCAGCGCAGUGGAUGCCACCCAUCAGUCGUUGCCAAAGUCUCCCCGUCUCCCGUCUGGCAGCCACUCUCCUCCAGCAACAUGCAACAUGCCCAGCGACUACAAAUACGCCCACGACCGGCUCAGCCACUUCCGCAUGUCCACCGACGAGCGCAUGGCCACCAAGGAGGGGAUGGUUUGGCAGCUGUACGAGUGGCAGCAGCGGCAGCAGUUCCGUCACGGCAGCCCCACAGCUCCUAUCUACACCGGCCCUAACUUCACAGACUCUUCAUCUUUUAGAGUUACUGUGGAGAUGCCACGUUCCCUCUCUGUCCCUCCGUCCCCCUGUGAAGUCCCACCGUCAGUCCCUUCCUCCUUCAAACCCCUGUCCCCUCGCAGGCCCAACACUCCUUCAGACAGACGCACAGUCAGGCCCCUGGAUGAAGUGGCAACCGGGGACAGCACAAGAUCCAGCUCCCCCGGCCAUAUUUGUGCCCAUCUUUCUCAGACUUCCCAAAUAGAGAGAAGGUCCAUGCCAGCCAUGGGCUACAUCACACACACUGUCAGUGCACCCAGUUUGCAUGGCAAAACGCCAGAGGAGCUGACUCUGCUCCUCAUUCAGCUUCGGAGGCACCAGGCCAAGAUGGCUGGUGUGCAUAGCCCCAGUGAUGCAUUCGCUCACCUGCAGCACCACCAGCACAACGGCCUUCUAGGCCCCAGCAUGCAGGCUGAUGAUACUUACAUACAACUGAAGAAGGACCUGGAGUAUCUAGAUCUGAAGGUGGGCCCCAACAAAGUUACUGGACGUGAGAGUUUAAAAACAGAAAGACCAUCAAGACCUGUGAAAAUAGCAGAAAGUGAUGCCGAUGUGAAAUUAAGUCAACUGUGUGAACAAGACAAGAUUCUACAGGAGCUCGAGGCCACGAUACGCACUUUGAAAGAAGACAAGGACAAGCUGGAGUCAGUGCUGGAUGUUUCCCACCAGCAGAUGGAGCAGUACAGAGAUCAGCCGGCCCAUGCGGAGAAGAUUGCCUAUCAGCAGAAAUUACUACAAGAGGAUGUGGUGCACAUCAGGGCUGAAAUAUCUCAAGUCUCCACAGAGAUGGAGAACGCGUGGAAUGAGUACAGCCGGCUGGAGAGAGAUGUGGACUGGCUGAAGUCAGCCCUGCAGGGACAGAUGAACCGCAGCGAUCUCUCUCAGCAAGAGAGAGUCCAGAUCAGAAAAGAGCUGUGGAGGAUUGAGGAUGUUAUCGCAGGCCUCAGCACCAGUAAAGCCAACUACAAAGUCACUAUCUCCUCAGUUACCAACCCAGAGAGGAAAUUUGUGCCUUCAGUGUCGGCGUCAUCAGUGCCUUCUGUGUCUGGGAGCCCGUCUGCUAUGGAGAUGAGAUUGUCCCAGCAGCAGCAGCAGCAGCACAGCCCCCACCUCAGCCCCAGUAGCCACACCCCAACCCUUUCGUCCAGCCCCAGCCAGCAGCCCUUACACCACUGGGUGGACGCAACCAUCACCAGUGGGCUGAAAUGGUGUGAGGAUGAUGUGCCUCCCAGACCUCCUCUACCUCAGCUCUACAGUGCUGAUGAACAUCCCCCUGCUGUGCCCCCGUUGCCCCGGGAGACAACAGUCAUCAGACACACCUCUGUACGCGGCCUCAAACGACAGUCAGAUGAACGCAAAAGGGACAGAGAGAUUGGCCAGUACACUAAUGGAGACAGCAAGGUGGAACUUAGGCCUUUCCUGAGCGAUCCAGAGCUCAUGGGAGCUGGAGACGGCUCCAGCCACAUCAGUGUAGUGGCAUCUGGACAUGACGGUUACCAGACGUUACCUAGCAGAGGACCGGCUGGCUCCUCUCUUAGGCUAAAUCAGUCUUCGAGCAUCGCCUCAUAUGUGACCCUCCGAAGAGCAGCCUCAGCUGUCGGUGUGAAGGAGAGACCAAAAAGUGCCUUGGAGCGUCUAUACUCUGGGGACCCGGCACAGCAGCAGCAGCAGCAGCAGCAGAGGGGGAAGAUGAGUGCUGAUGAACAGCUGGAGAGGAUGAAGAGGCACCAGAAGGCCCUCGUCCGCCAGCGCAAACGCACCCUGAGCCACGGAGACCGCCACGCCUCUUCAUCCUCGCGCACCUCGCCCUCAUCCUCGCGCCCGCUUUCAGCAGACUUGGGAUCAUGGAAGAGAGAGCAGGAGUUUGACCUGCAGUUGCUCGAGAGGGCUGUUCAGGGGGAGGAGGCACGUGGAGUCAGGAGCGUCCAGGGGGAGGAAAGACCUCCCGAGCACACAGAGAGACCCCGCUCGCACUCGGAUGAAUGGCUGACCCUGCGCUCCACAGCCACAACUCCUCCUGCCCAUGAGGUCGACCUGGAACCACUAGACUAUGACCUGGACCUUAACAAAGAACUUUCCAAGCCUCAGAAAGUGUUGAUCCCGGAGCGCUAUGUGGAUUCAGAGCCCGAGGAGCCUCUCAGUCCGCAGGAGGUGGAGGAUCGUUAUCGUAAGGUGGAGCGCAUCAAGAGCAUCUUGGCAAAGUCCAGUGUGCAAAACCUAGCACCCACCGUGACUGUGGACAAGCCAGAGGUUGGGCUGGUGGCCCUCGACUCAGCGCUGCAGGAGCAGGAGAGGAUCAUCACCAUGUCCUACGCUCUCGCCUCGGAGGCGUCGCUCAAGAGCAAACUAGUCACAGUUCCACCACAGGCUAACAUCCCCACCCCUCCUCCCCCACCUCCUCUUCCGCCUCCUCCUCUUCCUCCAGUUUCUUUGGUUUAUUCUGUUCAUCAUUUUCCUCCUAUUCCUUCAGCUCCUCCUAUUCCUCCUAUUCUUCCUAUUCCUCCUAUCCCUUCAGUUCCUCCUGUUAUUUCUGUGUCUCUGGCGCCUCCCUCUCCUCUAAGCAACGGAAUUCACUACACGUUUGUCUAAUCCGAGAAAUAAACUCAAGCUAUUUCUGGACACUGAGGUGCUAUUCCACAAUGACACCGAACAUCUGCAAAGAAAAGAGGAUAGUUGGACAUUUAGCCCUUUCCAUAGAGCAGUACCUGAACUGUACUUUAACCUGCUCUCUGAGGCUCACGCAGCAAUGACUCGUUAAAGUUUUAUAGUUACUGAAAGCGACAGGAAAAUGGAAGACUUUGCAAUGGGAGCUGCUGUGCUUAUUAACUAUGGAAGUGUCUAACAAAUGUUAAUAUCCUAAUAAUAUUUUCUACAUGUUAUUGCACUUUGGAUUAUUCACUGUAUCAUGUUUUCAAGGUAUGACUGAAUUGCUUUUACCUGCAGUGUGAGCUCAUCUGGGAACUUGUUUUUGUUUGUUUGUUUUUGUCAGGUGCAGAAUGUUAAGAACAAGAGGUACUAAAUGUGUCAUGACGGUAGUAUUUUUGUCAAAACUCAGAUAAUAUUCUUACACCAAACCACUUGAAAUAUCAUAUGUAUGUACCUGUAGCACUGCCAGUCUCCUUUUAGCUUGCCAAAAUGAAUUUUAUUUUUGCUUACAUCAGGAUGAAAAUAACCUUUAACAUAUUUUCUGUGUGACUGGGAAAGGUUGCACAAUGGAAAUUUAUAAAAAUGUAAAUAUUAAAGAUAUUAA